AUGGGUAAGGUUCACGGAUCCCUCGCACGUGCCGGAAAGGUCAAGUCUCAGACUCGUAAGCUUAUACAUCUGCAUCCGCUUGCACAUCGACCGCAACACCGACCCAACCCGAUUUCUUUCAUGACGGACACAAUGACGACGCAAGACGUGGUUGAGCCCCAGGAGAAGAAGAAGACCCCCAAGGGCCGCGCCAAGAAGAGGCUCACUUACACCCGCCGUUUCGUCAACGUCACCAUGACCGGCGGCAAGAGGAAGAUGAACCCUAACCCCACCUCGUAA